AUGGCAGCAUCGGUCCUCUCCACACCUGCCAUCUCACCACUUCCGGCGAAUGCUUCAAUGACAACGUCGGUUGGGCAGGUUGCCAGCCCCAAGCAAGACAUCUAUACUGUCAAUGACCUCCUGCGUGCCAAAGCUUCAGAGGAGGCAGCACAUAAACCUAUAGUUGGCUAUCCCUCGUCUGGCACUGAUUAUGUGUAUUAUACACCUCAUCAGUUGGAUCUUCUCGUUCAAGCUGCGGCUGUCUACUACUGCAAAGUCAUUCCCCAGCGACUGUCAUCAAAUGACCCUGUUCAGGUCGUCGGUCUUCUGGGUGUGUCAGAUUUUGAAUACUUGAUCUCAUUGCUUGCCAUCUCCCGGCUUGGGCAUACCGUCCUCCUGCUGUCAACUCGAAUCGCGGAAGAUGCUUAUGUCAGUCUGCUGGAGGCCACCAAGGCCACUUUCCUUGUGACACACUCAACCCUCCAAUCUGUCGGAGAAAAUGUAUCCAAGCGAACUGGGGUUAUUCAUAUCUCUGCUGUGGCCCCAGCAGAUGCAGCCUCGCAUGAAGUAGCGAACGCCUGUCUUCCUGCGGCGAACUUGCACGGUCCAACCGAAAGCAAUAACAUUACCUGGGUGAUUCACUCGAGCGGCUCUACUGGCCACCCGAAACCCAUCUACCAGACUCAUUCCGGAGCUCUCAAGAACUACGCCAACAACUUCGGACUUAAGGGCUUCAUCACCCUUCCCCUCUUCCAUGCUCAUGGAAUUAGCUGCCUCUUCAGAGCAAUCCACUCCGAGAAGCUUAUCUACAUGUACAACUCCAGUCUGCCGCUCACCGCGCCCAUUCUGCUGAGCACCCUGAAGAAGUAUCAGGAGAUUCAGGUUCUAUAUGGUGUGCCAUACGCCCUGAAGCUACUUUUAGAGAUCGAAGAGGGCCCGCAACAAAUGGCUCGUCUUGAGCUUGUAAUGUUUGGUGGAUCAUCUUGCCCCAAGUCAAUUGGAGACGCACUGGUCCAGAAUGGUGUCCGUCUCGUGUCCCAUUACGGAACGACAGAGACCGGCCAGCUCAUGACCUCCUUCCGCGACCGUUCGGAUUUGGAUUGGGACUAUGUCCGUCCUGGCCCAUCCUUGCUGCCCUACAUCCGGUGGGACGAGCAGCCAGGUAUGCCUGGAAUCUACGAGCUUUGCGUCUUGGAGGGCUGGCCCUCUAAGGUUGCUAGCAACUGCCCCGAUAACUCGUACGCAACCAAGGACCUGUUCGAAAAGCACCCCACUAACCCAAACGCGUGGCGGUAUUACGCCAGAUUGGAUGACACGUUGGUUCUUGAGAACGGCGAGAAGGCAAACCCGUUGACCAUUGAAGGAGUCGCCCGCAAAAACCCCAACGUCGGUGAAGCCAUCGCGUUCGGAAGUGCAAAGCCUCGUAUUGGUCUCUUUAUAAUCCCCUCCGGUAAAUGCACUUUCAAUACUGACGAUGAGUUGAUUGACGAUAUUUUCCCGGAUGUCGAGGCCUGCAAUGUGGAGAUGCCGGCUUACGCCUAUGUCUCUCGCGAUAUGAUCCACAUUCUCCCCAAGGACUCUGUUUAUCGAAAGACUGACAAGGGAACGGUCAUUCGCUCUGCAUUUUCUAAGGACUUUGCUGAGAAGAUUAACGAGAUCUACCAGGAACCCGACGUGCAGGGUUACCAGGUUCUAGAUGGCGCUGAGCUUCUACGAUUCCUCAAGGAGACUCUUCUCGAGAUUGCACCAUCCGUUGAUCCAGCAACUCUGGAGAAGGAUACCGAUGUUUUCAGCCUAGGCAUCAACAGUUUACAAUCAAUUCGCAUCCGAACUUCCAUCGCACGCACCCUAUACCUCGGUGGUCAAAGGUUGUCGCCGAACUUUGUCUUCGAGAACCCAUCGAUCCAGGCAAUGGCACAGCAUAUCGUGGACCUUUACUCAGGCCAGGCUCCCAAGGAACAGGCUCCAGUGGAGGAGAGGAUGCAGCGUCUGAUUGAGAAACACAGCAGUUGUUUCAAGGCACAUAUCCCCGUUGCGCGGGAGGACGAUGGCGAUCACAUCGUGCUCACAGGUGCUACUGGAUCCUUAGGUGCUCACAUUGCUGCUCAACUCGCCCAGUCAGACCGAGUAAAGAAAAUCUAUUGUCCCGUGCGAGCUAACAGCGCAGUUGGUGCCCGCAGACGUGUGGCCCAAAGUCUCCGCACUCGCGCAGUGUUGUUUACCUUGUCACCAGCCGCGGAGCGCAAGAUUUUUGCUCUGCCUUCAAACCUGUCCAACUCUACCGACUUGGGCCUUGGCACUGAAGUUUAUGCACAGGUCAAGAAGUCAGUCACUGCCGUGAUUCACUGCGCUUGGUCAGUUAACUUCAACUGGGCGCUAGAGAGCUUUGAGGGGCCUUGUAUUGCCGCUACUCGCAGCCUUUUGGAUCUUUGCUUGAGUGCCGAAGGUCCGCGCCCGGCUUCCUUUUCUUUCUGCUCCUCAGUGAGUACUGUCGCGUGCACCCCCGGAAACUGGGUCCCAGAGGCGCUUCCCGAGUCGCUGUCCUAUGCACAAGGCAUGGGAUACGCCCAUUCCAAGCUGGUCACGGAGAAUAUUGUGAACCGAGCUGCUCAUGCCACUGGUAUGACCGCGCGAGUCCUUCGUGCGGGACAGAUCGUCGCGGAUACCGCUCACGGUAUCUGGAAUGCUACCGAGGCAAUUCCAAUGAUCUUCCAGACUGCUAAGUCAAUCAAGGCUUUGCCGCAACUAGAUGAUGUUCUUAGCUGGACUCCAGUCGACGUGAUGGCUAGCAGUAUUAUCGACCUCAGUCUAGCUCCUGUCGCAGACGAGGUCAUGAAUGUCACGAACCCGACGCUAAUCCACUGGACUCAAGACCUGCUGCCCCAGCUUAAGGAGGCUGGACUAGAAUUUGAGCAACUCCCUAAGCAAAGCUGGCUGCAGCGUCUCCGACAUUCCAACCAGGAUGCCGAAGUCAACCCGCCUAUAAAGCUGCUGGAGUUCUUCUCGUCGAAGUACGACAACGAUAACUCCAGCCGAGCCUUGCUCUACGACACGAAGAAGGCUCAAGCGGCGUCCCCCGCACUCGCUCGCGCCAAGGGUCUGGGCACCGAUUUCACCUCAUGCUUCAUCAACUACUUUAGCACGGAAUGCUGGGGCAAAUCGUCACUUCCCACCGCGGAUCGCGAUGUAUUAUUCUUGAUCGGCCCUUGUGGUUGCGGAAAGAGCACCGCCGCGCAGGCCUUGAACCAGCAACUGAAGGUCCCUGUUAUUGAGGGAGAUGAUCUCCAUUCCAGACUCGCCCGUCAGAAGAUGGCUAAGAGCAUGCCCCUGCAAGACUCUGACCGCUGGGACUGGCUUGCUCACAUUCGCGGUGCGGUCAUGGACCGCUUGCAGCACUCAGAGUCCCCCGCCUUGGCUGUGACUUGCUCAGCACUGCGCAUUGUCUACCGUGACGAGCUCCGACGAUUGUCACAGCUGCUUGAUUUCCCUGUCACGGUGACCUUUUUGUUCUUGUCUGUGGACAACCGCCAGGAUUUGAAGGAUCGCGUGGUGGCACGGUCUGAGGCUGAAGACCACUAUAUGAAGUCUUCGAUGCUGGACUCACAGCUCGAUCUAAUGGAGGAUCCCACUGAUGAGCCGGAUGUGCUCGUGUUGGAUUCUACCCAAUCAAAGGCAAAGAUGAUUGAAGACGUGGUGGAGGUAGUGAAGCGGAUUUUGAGGUCGUGA